GCUCCCAGCGAAACAUUGCCUACUGAGUCGAUUGUCCUGUUACAGGGUUUCUUUUGCUCUCUCUGGUCUAUUCUGCUUGUCACUGUGCUGUCUCUUGUGUGUGUAACGUGAGUGGAGUGUGGACGUGGCGUCCCUGUGUAUAUGGCCAUAUGGCAUGUGAUGGCUCCUACACAGUGGUUAUCGUUCCUCUGCAGAACAGCCUGUACAGCUCGGACGCGCUGCGAUUCUUCCACUGGCUGAAGAAACUGCGUGCUCUGGAGAGAGAGAAGGACAGUCUGUGGAUUGGACUGCAGGUCCUCGAACAGGCUCGGUUCUGGUAUCAACACCAGCUUGAGCAAGUCUCCCAGAGGCAUGCAAAGAUCGGCACAAGAAAACACGAGGAGGAAGAAGAGGGCUGGUCGUGUGCGUUACGCUCCUCUAUGCUGCGUGUGAACGGAAGUCUGGGCAGUUUGCUGAACAAUGCAUAUGUGUGUAAUGCAUCCCCUGAUGGGAAGGACGGCUUAGACUGGUAUCUGCGCUGGACCAACGCCACACUCACCCAGGAGGUGAGUCAAAAGAAUGACAGGAUUUCUAUGUUGGAGAUUGAGAAAGAGAUACUCACUCAACAACAGGAUGGAAUACACUACUUCUGAGGCCACACCCACACCCACACACACACACACACACACACACACACACUAACACACAAAAUACUCCAUCUCCAUCUUUGUAGAAUGAUCUUGAAUGUGCUUUUGAAUAUACUUUUAAACACACAACCAGAAUCUGUGGCCUUACUGUAACAGUUGUAAAUAUGUUUGGAAAAUUGCACAUAAGAGUACAUUUGUCAUUUAAUAUAAUCCUGUUUAUUGUUUUUUGCUUUAUAUAGUUAGAUGGUGUCCCUUGACUACAAAUGUGAAUUGUGAAUGUUUAUGGUUGUUCAUACUUUAUUAAAUCAACUAUUUGUUUUGUUGUGGCCAAUGGCAAUGUGUCCACCUCUAAUUUGUUUCUUCAUCUGUCAUGUUCUAUCCUGGGAAAAAUAACCCCUCUUUUUUUUUUUUUUUUUUACUUAAACUGGAAUCUUGCUAAAAAUUAUAUUUUCAACAUGAAACUUUAUGUGCUUGGCAUAUUUGAACAUGAAAAAUGACAAACCCCACUUCAUAUUACUAUUGCACAGGCUAUAUUUGGGUCAUUGUGAUCUGAGAUUAAAAUGGAUUAAAUAUAAAUGAGGCUCAAUUGAGGCCAAUUUUUUUUUAAAGAAAAAAAAUCACAAAUUAACUAACUAACUAAAUAACUAACAAACAUACCCUGCUGGUAAGAGCAUCCUCAGGCACGAGAAGUGGUUUUAUUAUCUUUACUGUUCCCUAAAAACUUAGGUAUAUUAAAGGUUGGUCAUUUCAAAUAUUAUUUUCUGUCUCAGCUGCCCAAAGUCAGUAUGAUCCUUGAACAGUACAUCCAUGGCUAAAAAGUGAACACAACACAAGGGUUAUAUAAAACACCAAAGCUUCUGGACUGCAACUCUUCAGCUUCACACUAGAGUGCAGCAGAGUACAUGAAGGCAAAGCAGUAACACAGCAUUGUCAACACCUACAUACAAGGGUAUGUAAUUAUACAGUAUACUAUAAAGCCUAUAUUUUUCCAGCUCUUUUUCUGUAGCAACUACAUCCAAGUUUGCCGCAAUAUCACACACAUGAAAAAAAUGUGACUAUUAUUUAUUUGUCAUCACUUCCAGUUACUGGUCUGUGCUAUAGCUGCUAUGUGCUAAAAACUGUAUUAUUACGUACCAUUUACUA